AUGGAGACGUGGAUUCCAUACAAAUGGCCAUUAGCACUUGAUAUCCUCAAGCGGCAAUAUGAUGCAUUGCCAGACCAGCGACUACUAUUGUUUCAAUCCCAGUAUUUCGACAAGAUCGGACCUAACAUGACAUUUAAACUGUUUGGAAAUCAAGGUUAUCUCACUGCCGACCCAAAGAACGUGGAAUCUAUACUCUCUACGAAUUUCGAAGAAGAUUGGUGCCUUGGCUCCCGACGACCUGGUCUCAUGCCUAUGCUAGGCGAAGGCAUUUUCACUCAAGAUGGUCGUCCAUGGAAGCAUUCUCGAGAGUUGCUCCGCCGCCAAUUCGUACGAAUCCACCGACAAGAUUCUAAGAUUUUCGAUGAACACGUGGAAAACUUGAUUUCCAAUCUCCGCUCUGCAACUGGAAGUGGCGUGGUAGAUCUACAACCUCAUCUUUUCCGCUUUACUCUAGCCACUACAACAGCCCUCAUCUUCGGAGAACCCGUCUUUGCCUUGCCGGGAGCAGAGACGGAUACUUUCGAGAAGGCCUUUGACUAUGCCAGCUACAUCAGCGCGAUCAGACUGCGUCUUGCUGAUUUGGAAUGGUUAUGGAAACCUGCCAAAUUCAGGGCAGCGUGUGAUGUCGUCAAGGAAUAUGCAUCUCACUUUGUGCAGCUUGCCCUCGACGAUAUGGAGAAGAAUGGUGAGGAAGCUGCAUCGGAGAGACAUGCGUUUAUUCUCGAACUUUACAAGGAGAUGCAGGACAAGGUUCUUGUGAGAGAUCAAUUGGUCCAUGUUCUUAUUGCUGGGAGGGACACGACGGCAUGUUUAAUGUCCGAGAUACAACUUGUCACCGGAGGAUCACAUGAAUUGACCCGGGCGAAAAUCAGCAAGAUGGCCUAUCUCCGUUGUGUGAUUAAUGAAUCUCAACGAUUAUACCCGCAACUCCCAGUGAACGUCCGCGUAGCCGCUAAAACAACAUUCCUUCCGAGCGGAGGAGGCCCCGAUGGCAAAUCCCCGGUACUAAUACCCAAGAACACAGGGGUUGGCUAUUCAGUCUACCACAUGCACAGACUAAAGAGCGUUUACGGUGAAGACGCAAACAGUUUCCGUCCCGAGCGAUGGCUGGGUACAGAGCUAGAUGGCGUUGGUUGGGGAUUUAUGCCUUUCCACGGAGGGCCGAGGAUAUGUCUAGGCAAGGAAUUUGCACUGACAGAAGCUUCGCACGCAAUUAUACGGAUCAUUCAGUCUUUCCCUGAGCUCAGAUUACCACCUGAAACACCUAGUGUCCCACCUGGCGAGGAGAAGCAAGCUUUGACAAUCGUGGUUAUGAGUGCAGAGGGAUGUAAGGUUUUGCUGGACUGA